AUGUGUGUUGAUAGCCGAGCAAUCAACAAGAUAACAGUCAAGUACAGGUUUCCCAUUCCACGGUUGGAGGAUAUGCUGGAUGUUCUUAGCGGCUCAAUGGUGUUUUCCAAGAUAGAUUUGCGAAGCGGUUACCACCAGAUUCGCAUCAGACCUGGCGACGAAUGGAAAACAGCGUUCAAGAGCAAGGACGGAUUAUUUGAAUGCUUGAUCAUGAAAGCCUUUUCUAAAGAUGAAAUUUCUGUUCCAUCUCCUCAAACUUCAAACUGCACAUCAACUAGUGACCAUUCUAAUAAAGAUGAUCAAGAAAUGGGCUCUAAUGCAAUGUCGGAUGAGGGAGAGGUCUCGAACAACUCAGCCUUCUUCUGUUUCCCAUUCCACAUGGAUCUAAAUCUCGUUCGCGCGGUUUUUGCAGAGAUGGUGGGGACUUUUAUGUUGAUGUUCUGUGUAUGUGGGAUCAUAGCAAGCACACAGCUGAUGAGAGGGGAAGUUGGUCUUAUGGAGUAUGCAGCCACAGCAGGUUUAACUGUAGUUGUUGUUAUUUUCUCCAUAGGCUCAAUUUCUGGUGCUCAUGUCAACCCAGCUGUCACAGUAGCAUUUGCAACCCUUGGUCAUUUCCCAUGGUGCAGGGUUCCUGUUUACAUAUUGGCUCAAACAAUGGGUUCUGUUCUGGCAACAUACAUUGGGAGGCUUGUCUAUGGCAUAAAACCAGAUCUCAUGACCACCAGACCACUUCAAAGCCCUGCCGCUGCCUUCUGCGUUGAGCUUAUUGCAACUUUCAUGAUUAUGUUCCUAGCUGCUUCAUUGACACAUCAAGCUCAUGCUGUUGGCUAUUUGUCUGGAUUUGUAGUUGGCAUUGCCAUUGGACUUUCUGUGCUCAUCACAGGGCCUGUUUCAGGAGGGUCAAUGAACCCAGCAAGGUCACUGGGGCCUGCAAUUGUUGCAUGGAACUUCCAAGACCUAUGGAUAUAUAUUUGUGGCCCAACAAUUGGAGCUGUUGCAGGUGCUCGCCUGUUUCAAAUUCUACGCCUUCAGCCCUGCAGUCCCAGCAACACUUCCUCUUCCAAUAUCCGUCUGCUAGGCCAACCCUUGCCCUAUGAAGCGACUUAGGCUGUUUUUUCUACACAAGAAUGAUGCUUUACUGAAUUGGAAAUUUGU